AAGCGCAAGUUGGAUUUACUUAUUUCAUGCAAUUGGCUUGUUUCACUAUUGCAAGUGAUUGAGCCAGGAUUGAUCGUUGCUCACCUAACGGAUUUCACGUGAAAGAUUAUGCUUAUAGUGCUUCAACGACCUAGAAAGACGCACAGCCACAGGGAGUCCUUGUGACAGAGGGUGUAAAAUUGACGUUUUCAUUGUGCAGUAUUGAAACAAGGAUUACCUGCGUCCUUUCGGCUCUGAAUUGUAGACCGUAUGCUAGACAUACUGUUGUGUUCAUCAAGGACUGAGUUCUGUUCUAAGUAAUAGCAAGGAUUAAGACCAUCGAAGGAUUGAUUGGGAUCCAAUUAGUGACGACCCAGUGGUUAGAAACAUUUUGGAUACAGUGAGUUUGUCUAUCGUCGUUUCAUUAACUGUGACAAAAAGAAAAGCUUUCUCCAUCUAAUUAGACACAUUUCACCGCAUUGCCCCAAACUGUUGUGAACCAACGGCCAAAGUGGUUCCACGGGCAACUUCACUUCUAAGGCUCCAAAAUAGCGCGUCCUGGGGUCCCGGGACGAUGCGCGCCGUCUGCCAUCGCCCUAAAAAAAACACUAAGUUAUCUAAAUCGUACAAUAGGACAUCAUUAUCAGAGGGAAAAGCCACUUCAGCAGCGCGUACGACAUCCUCCCGGCCGGAGGUCUCAUGGAAAGGCCCCAGAGAGCUAUCGCACGCUAUUCAUUAUCGAACACGAGAGUCAUGGACCCUUUCGGUGGCCAACAGAACUUACAGCAACACGACCAUUACCACUACGCAUCGCUGGUUAUGGCUUAUUCUAGUGGUGUGUUGUGGUCCUCCGAGUGCCGCGACCAUUGCGGCGGCCUCCGGAAACUUUUACAGAGCAGAAGCAAAAGUGAUCCCGUUAGACGUGGCCUCAUCAAGUUUACGACAGAUUCACACGCAAAUGUCCGAAGAACAGCUAAGACGGGUCUUCCAUGUGCGAUCGCCUGAUCAAGUUCCCGAAUACGAAGUGGUGGCAAUCUCUCAUGAAGAUUCCGAUACGAACGCCUCGACACCCCGUCAUGCACGACGGGUUCGAAGAAAUACUGCCCAGGCUGAAAUCAGUAAAAUUCAAACGACUAAAGAACCAACAACAAGCAAACAAGAUGGAUACUCAGGCUCACUUGGAAAUGAUUAUGACUCGGCUCGAAGGGAUGACUUCCCAUUCGAUGAUAACGGAAGAGCUGGUGUAGAUCGUGCAUUGAAGUUAUCACUGCAGGCCUUUGGAAAGCGCCUACGUUUAAACUUGAUGAAGAAUGAGGAUUUUCAGCGAAGGGUGGAAGGACUCAAAAUGUAUACAAUGUCCAGUACGAGUAAAGGAGGGGUGGAAAUUCGUGCGGCAAGUGACGACGGAACAUCUUCAUCGGAGGAGCGUUCAGGACCGGCAACGCCUUACGUCGAUGAGGCUAAUCACGCAGCACUGAUUCUCAGCCGUCACCCCCAUGGGGGCAUAGAAGUUGAAGGAACGGUGGGCCAUGAGCUGGUUAUCGCACCGGUGCCAGAAGGCCUAAGAAACGAGACGUUCUACGAUGAAGAAGAAGGCACCGCCGAUGAUGAGAUGUUCUUGGGUGAAGAUGAUUUCACGCUCGCCACCCAGCCCACCGACAAGAAGAAACCGAAGAACGCCAAAAACCCGAAGAAAUAUGUGCCGGACCUGCUACAGCCUGAUAAAAAAAACCGCGCACCAAAGGCCGUCUUAAGAACGAAAAGUCUCAAGGGCAAAAGUGUACACUUUGUCUAUAAACGCAACAGAGUCUUGUCCGAGCACCAUGACCUUUUCCACAGUGAUUUUCUACCUCUUGAAUCUGUUUUCUUGUCGCACAAUCGUACACGAACCCAUCGAAUUCGUAAGCGCGCGGCCCCCGACACCGUUUGGCCCGAGGUCCUCCUGAUUGUCGACUACGAUACGUACGCUCUGCAUGGGCGAAGUCACGCUGAGAUCAAGCGUUACUUUGUAAGUUUUUGGAACGGCGUAGAUCUGCGAUAUCGACUAUUGACGUCGCCGCGGGUUAAGAUCAGCCUCGCUGGAAUGAUCGUUGCCAAAGAUCGCGAUGCGACCCCAUAUCUUGAGCGAAACCGGCUGCGACCACCGAACGAGGACGCGGUGGACGUUGCUGGCGCCUUGACGGAUCUUGGCAAAUAUCUGUAUCGAGAAGACCGAUUACCAACCUACGAUCUUGCGGUGGUCAUCACGAAGCUUGAUAUGUGCCGAAGACACUAUGAAGGAGGGCGCUGUAACCGUGGUACGGCAGGAUUCGCCUAUGUCGGAGGAGCCUGUGUAGUAAAUAAACGUCUCGAAAAGGUGAACUCCGUUGCGAUUAUUGAGGAUUCCGGAGGCUUUUCCGGUAUCAUUGUAGCAGCUCACGAGGUGGGCCAUCUGUUGGGUUGUGUCCAUGACGGAUCACCGCCUCCCAGUUACCUGGGCGGACCGGGUGCCACAAGCUGCCCAUGGGAGGAUGGAUUCAUAAUGUCUGAUCUUCGUCAUACUGAACGCGGUUUCCGAUGGUCUACUUGUUCCGUACAACAAUUCAAGCAUUUUCUCUUCGGUGAAACGGCAUCUUGCUUAUAUAACUACCCCCAUGAAAAUCAACUUUUAGCAAGAGUCCUUCCUGGAACGAUGCUUUCUCUCGAUGAGCAGUGUCGAAGAGACCGAGGCACCAGUGCAUGUUUCAAGGACUCCCGGGUAUGUGCACAGCUUUUCUGUUUCGACUCGUCGUCCGGUUACUGCGUUUCGUACCGUCCAGCAGCAGAGGGCAGCCCCUGUGGCGAUGGUCAGGUGUGCAAAAACGGCAAAUGUAUCCACGAAAUCGAAAAUAUUAUUCCUGACUACUCGCAGGUGUCAGCGGCCGUCGCUUCUCCAACCAAUCGCAUGAAAAGUUCUCGGGGGUUGCGCCGCCUCGACUCAUCCUCCGAAACGCCAUCGUUCACGGGCAGUGGUAAGCGUCGGGGCCGCCAACGGUCGACCGCAGCGCCUCCUGCGUCAACGACAGUGGUGGCUGUCUCGGCAUCCCAAUCGGCUGACCGACGCAUCGAUAAGGUGGAUUCUACUGAGGAGGCGGAAUGCAUUGACGUCGUCGAGAAGAUAGCUGACCGUAUGACGUGUGCAGAGUUCCUCGAGCACUUCGGUCAGCGAUACUGCAGUCAUAACUACAUCCGAUCAAACUGCUGUUAUACACGCUCGCUGAUGUGCGUCUAAUGGACGUUCGUGAAGCAAUGGAUGUACAAUGAUAAUGUACCUUCAUACAUUAUUGUAGUGAUGAUAGAGCUCUCGCAGAAUUACGCAUGUACACAAAUAGACAACGUUUUCAUAGCAUUUAUGUUCUCAAUGGUUUGCGGGGAGAGAGGGGCAUCAACUGAACAAUACCACGAGCUCUCGUUUCCCGCAAAAGGUCCCAUUUUCAGCAAACGUUUUCGUUGGCUAAUCAGCUAGAAAGCUGUGUAGGGACGGAAGAAAGACGAGGUGAAAACUAAAAUAUAUGGUUUCUAUAAAACCCUAUGCACGAUGCGCAUUUUUAACCCAGGCUAGUUCUUAUAUUACUCAAGCGUGCAUACCACAAGGACUCUUUGCUGAUAUUUCGUCACUAAUUGGGAUUUUUCAAAUGCGUACUGUCACAAUAAACGACCUGUCCAGCGUCGGAUCUCCCGUCCAACAACGCGGAGGAACUGAUCAGGAAUUGCAGUUUCGCUCAUGCCCAACCGAAAUACAUCCCCGUUCGUAGAGCCCAGACACUGCCACUGCGAGGCAAACUUCCAACGGAUGCAUAAUGGCUACUUGUAGUUCCGUGGCCGAAAUCCUCUCGUUAUCUACUUCGAUAAGCGCAAUAGGUAUAUUAUCGUAUG